GAUUCAGCUGCCGCGCGCGCGAAAGAGCGAUGCCUGAAGACGACGACAGGGCUCGGAAGAGACGAUGGUACUUUUCUUGGGCCGAUAGUGGGCUCCAAUUUGCUUGGGCUUGGUUGGAGAUGGGCAAGUUCUUGCAUUUCAGCGCACGUUACACCGCCUGAAGAAAGCAAGACGGUGGGGGUCUGGGUGAUGGGGAUAUGGUGAUGCAGACAUGGUCAUGGAGUCGCAGAGAGCGAGAGAUGACGACUGUCGACUGGUAGGGACGUGAGUGGAGUCGUUCGUCGAGGAAGGAGACCACCCCGUCGCUUUCUCUCUCUCUAAGGAGCUUCUGGGUCGGCGAGGAAGAGCUCUUCGGCUUCGGCAAUGGCUCAGUUCGCCGCGGCUCAAGGACGCGUGAAGCUCCUCUUCAACGGCGAUGGAGUGUCCUCCUCCUCCGCCGCAUUGGAGCCGAAAGACUUGUUUUUCUGCAACAACCGCGCGUCGGCCCGGCUCCGGAGGCGCGGCUUCGGGCUUCUCCGGUCGCCUCCCGCGAGACUUGGCUCGCGCUCCGCCGCCGGCGAAGCUCGACGUCUCGGAGCGGAGCUCGCGCGGUCGAGCGUCGGGGCGGACGGUCUCGACGACUACGAUUACGACAGCGACGCCGAGACCGACGACUUGGCGUGUUUCCGAGGCCUCGUCUUGGACAUCGCUUACAGGCCUGUUGAUGUCGUCAGCUGGAGACGUGCUAUUUGCAUGGAAUUCAUGGAGAAGGCUGAUGUGCUUGAGUAUUAUGAUCAAACUGUAGACUCUCCAAGCGGUUCAUUCUACAUACCUGCUGUUUUACGGGUUCCUCAUCUACUGCAAGUUGUCAAGAGGAGAAGAAUCAGAACUAAUCUUAUCCGUAAAAACAUAUUCCAUCGAGAUAGUUAUAGUUGCCAGUAUUGUUCGUCAAGUGAGAAUUUGACAAUUGAUCAUGUUCUUCCAAUUGCACGAGGUGGAGAAUGGAAAUGGGAAAAUUUGGUCACGGCUUGUGCCAGAUGCAACUCAAGGAAAGGUCAGAAAACAUUGGAGGAAGCCAAUAUGAAACUGAUUAAUGUCCCCAAGGCUCCAAAGGACUAUGAUAUACUAGCCAUACCCCUGACAAGUGCCACAAUAAAGAUGCUGAAAUUGAGGAAGGAAACGCCCGAAGAGUGGCUUCAAUAUCUAGCAAAGCGUUCGUCUUUGCCCUGAUACUAUAUAUGAUGGCAUUUGUGAUGUUCCUUGUAUUUGCAGCAGUAAGAAAUGUUGAUGGAAUAGGGUUCUCUUUGCUGCGAUCUAUGAUACUCCAUAUCUGCCAUUGGGGUAAAAGCAUUUAUGGCCUCUCUGACUCAUCUGCUUUUGCGAGGACCCCACAACGAUGAUUGUUUACUGUACAAUAUGAAAAAUUGAGUAAUCUUGGGUAGUUUUUGUU